AACGAAAGGCGGUGACGCCACACAAAAGAUUUCUAUAGGCUCCCGGGAGGCUGCGGCCGAGGCGGCGGCGGCGGGGGCGAGGCCGGCCGGGACCAGGAGAGCCUCGGGGCAGCCGGGCGGCGCGCCCACGGCCGCGCUCCGAGGUGCCGAGCCGGGCGGAGGCGGCGUCUCCCUGUGCCUUUCGGCCCCCGCCCUUCCUUUCCGUUCCUCCGGCUCGCUCGGAAGUUGGAGGCUGGCAAACAUGGCAGAAGCCGGGGCCCGGGCGGGUGGCCGCGGCAGCGCGGGGACCUUGUGAGUUGGCCCAGCCGCCGGGGACCCGCGCGCAGGACGUCCGAUGCGCAGGGCCCGCGGCGAGGAGCAGGAGGAGGAGGAGCCGGGCAUGGACUCGCGCCCACGGCCAGCUGCGGGCCGCGGGGCCGGAGGGCGUGCCGCCCGGGCGCCGGGCCGCGCACUGUGAGUGGCGAGGCGGGAAAGGGCCGCCGGGCGUGGCGGGCGGACGGCGGACGGAGCGCGAGCGGGCGGCCUCUGUGCAAUCCGUGCGGCUCCCGCCCGACUGACUCGGCGCGGCCGCGCCAGCACCGGCCACACCCUCGGGCCGGGCCGCUUCCCGAGAGCCGGGGACAGGAGAUGCGCUGGGGAGGCCGCGCGUCCCCCAAGCGCCAGGCCGGGCCACCGUCGCGGGGAAGUGCCGCCGCCGCCGGGCGGGGUCCCCGCUCCCGAAGCCCACGUGCCCCGCGGAGCCGAGGAGGCUGACAGGAGAGCCCGCCCGGGCCGCCGCCGCCGCGCUCCUCCCCGAGGAAGGGAUUUUGAUUUCAAAGAAAGGAAGGAAGGAAAGGAGACAACUCCCAGCUUCCCCUCCCGCCCGCCCGCUCCAGCGGCGGGGCCGGGCCAUGCCCAGGAAGGCGGCGGCGGCGGCGGCGGCGGCGGCCCCGCAGAAGGGACUUUCCUGGCAGCCCGGUAACGAGGAGCGCGCCCCGUGAGUUUGCCGCGCCCGGUUCAUGGUUCCUGCAAAACCUCCCGGAGGCCGGAGGCCCAGCGCCGCAGCUCCUUCCCGCGCCUGGAAGAGCCUCCUGCGUCCCCUGGCCCGGGGGCCCGCCCCGCGCCGCCACCGCCGCCGCCCCGCGCCCUCCGCCCGCGGCGGUGGAUGGCACGAUGGUGCGGGGACGGCACCGCGGCCCUGGCCAGCUGAGUCGCGACGGCUGCGCAGGCGGCGGCAGCGGCAGCGGCGGCGGUAGCGGGCUCCCCAGCGGCAUGCCAGUGCCCCCCGGGCGCGAUGGCUAGCGGCAGCGCGGGGAAGCCCACCGGCGAGGCGGCUUCUCCGGCUCCCGCGAGCGCCGUCGGCGGCGGGACCAGCUCGCAGCCGCGGAAAAGGCUGGUGGCCGUGUGCGACCAGUGCAAGGGCAAGAUGCAGCUGGUGGCCGACCUGCUCCUGCUGUCCAGCGAGGCCAGGCCUGUGCUCUUCGAGGGCGCGGCCGGCGCCGGCGCCGAGUCCUUCGAGCAGUGCCGGGACACCAUCAUCGCGCGCACCAAGGGGCUCUCCAUCCUGACGCACGACGUGCAGAGCCAGCUGAACAUGGGCCGCUUCGGCGAGGCGGGGGACAGCCUGCUGGAGCUGGGCGACCUGGUGGUGUCGCUGACCGAGUGCUCGGCCCACGCGGCCUACCUGGCGGCCGUGGCCACGCCGGGCGCCCAGCCCGCGCAGCCGGGGCUGGUGGACCGCUACCGGGUGACCCGCUGCCGCCACGAGGUGGAGCAGGGCUGCGCCACGCUGCGCGCCACGCCGCUGGCCGACAUGACCCCCCAGCUGCUGCUGGAGGUGUCGCAGGGCCUGUCGCGCAACCUCAAGUUCCUGACGGACGCGUGCGCCCUGGCCAGCGACAAGUCCCGGGACCGCUUCGCGCGCGAGCAGUUCAAGCUGGGGGUCAAGUGCAUGAGCACGAGCGCGUCGGCGCUGCUGGCCUGCGUGCGCGAGGUCAAGGCGGCGCCCAGCGAGCUGGCCCGCGGCCGGUGCGCCCUGUUCAGCGGGCCGCUGGCGCAGGCGGUGGGCGCGCUGGUGGGCUUCGCCACGGAGCCGCAGUUCCUGGGGCGCGCGGCCGCCCUGAGCGCCGAGGGCAAGGCGGUGCAGACGGCCAUCCUGGGCGGCGCCAUGAGCGUGGUGUCGGCCUGCGUGCUCCUGACCCAGUGCCUCAGGGAUCUGGCGCUGCACCCCGACGGGGGCGCCAAGAUGUCGGACCACAGGGAGAGGCUGAGGAACUCGGCCUGCGCCGUGUCUGAAGGCUGCAACCUGCUAUCUCAGGCUUUACGGGAGAGGUCUUCGCCCAGGACUUUACCGCCAGUGAAUUCCAAUUCUUUGGAUGAGGCGUAUCCGUGGUGUGGAAGGAGUCUGACAUUGCCACGUGAUUUGCAAACGGGGUGUGGGGGCGGGGGGGGGGGUGGAAGAGCUACUGUGAGUGUGUUUUAUUUCCUGAUUUACACUAUAGGGUGAUUUCUCCCCUCCCCCUCCUCCCCCCCCAACCCCCUCCAAUGUCAAGUUUGUCCCUUGCAUGUACUGGAGUAUUUAUUUCAUCCAUUAAAAGUGUUACGUUUCUCA